UUGACUUUCUUUCAUCCCCGAUCCCAUUAAUAUUUAAGGAGAAAAAAAGGAUCCUUGUUCAAUAAAUUAAAGAGAACGUGUAACAAUAUUUGAGUAUAAUGCAAAGUUUCUCUGCUAUUCUCUAACGGCUCGUUUUCAUGUCGGUCUCAACCAACCUCCAAAAAUGUUCCCGCCAAAACCGAUCUUCUUCACCAACUCACUCUCUCUCUUCACACUACGCUUACACUCUUCUUACACCUGUUUUCCUCUACCGCCAAAGCCUCCUGGUCUUUCUCUCCUAGCAGACCAAUGCACUUCAAUGCGCCAACUCAAACAAGUCCACGCCCAAAUGAUUGUCUCUGCUCGCAUCCACGAUACUUUCGCCGCUAGCAGAUUGCUCUCCUUCUGCUCUCUCUCUGAGUUCGGCGAUGUUCUUUACGCUCUAAAGAUCUUCGAGAACACACAAACCCCGAAUGGCUUUAUGUGGAACACGCUCAUUAGAGCUAACGCUAGUGGCCCAAACCCUUGUGAGGCUCUGUUUCUUUAUGUAAGGAUGAGGAGGGUCGGUGUUGUACCGGGUAAACACACGUUCCCUUUUGUUCUCAAAGCUUGUUCUCGGUUUUGCUCGGUUUUAUUGUGCAAACAGGUUCAUACCCAUGUUGUGAAAUUUGGGUUGGACUUGGAUUUGCAUGUGGUUAAUGUGUUGGUGAGGGGUUACUCUGUUUCGAGUAGUUUAGGGGAUGCCCGGUUGGUGUUUGAGGAAUUUCCUGAGAGGAAUUUGAGUAUUUGGACGACGAUGAUUAGUGGGUAUGCGCAGAAUUUUUGUUCCAAUGAGGCUUUGGUGCUUUUUGAUCAAAUGGUUGCUGAGGGGUUUGAACCAAACGUUGCAACUUUGGCCUCUGUGUUGUCUGCUUGUGCUCGAUCGGGUUGUUUAGAAUUGGGAGAAAGAAUUCACUUGUUUAUGAAGGAGAAAGGGAUUGAGGUGGGAGUGAUUCUUGGGACGGCAUUGGUGCAUAUGUAUGCGAAGAAUGGAGCGAUUUUGGUAGCUCAGGAAUUGUUUGAUAGUAUGUGUGAAAAGAAUGUUGCGACUUGGAAUGCAAUAAUUUGUGGGUUGGCAAGUCAUGGCCAUGUUGAAGAGGCACUUAGUCUCUUCCGAAAGCUAGAGAAUGUGCGGGUUCUGCCAAAUGACAUUACAUUUGUUGGGGUUUUAUCUGCCUGUUGUCAUGCUGGCUUGAUUGAUGUUGGAAGUGAGAUUUUUCGUUCCAUGAAAAGGGUGUAUGGCAUUGAACCGAAGAUUGAGCAUUUUGGGUGCAUGGUUGAUCUUCUUGGGAGAGGUGGGAAGCUGCUGGAAGCAGAGGAAUUGAUAAAAGGAAUGGUGUGGAAGCCUGAUGUGGUGAUCUGGGGAGCUUUGUUGGGGGCCAGUAAAAACCAUGGAAAUAUCGAGGUUGCUGAAAGAGUGGUAAACGAAAUUCUUGUUUUGGAACCUCAUAAUCAUGGGGUUUAUGUUGUUUUGUCUAAUAUGUAUGCAGAGGCUGGACAGUGGGGAGAUGUUUUGAGGCUGAGAAAGUUAAUGAAAGAAGGGAGCCUGAAGAAAACACCUGGAUGGAGCCUGGUGGAUAGUGAAAAUGUUGUAUGUAAAUAUGCAUCAGAAAAUACCCAUUUGGCAGUGUGAAAUAGAAAUGGCUUGAUGAUAUAUCAUGAUUGAGAGAUGGUAUAAAUUUUAAUUAACAUACGAGAAGAGACCAGUGGUUUUUAUCAUGCAUAAGUAUCUUGAUUGGUCUUUCUUGUAGACAAAAGAAGUGGGAAGGGGUAUUUGAUCUUGAUUCAUGUGAUCUAAUUAUGUUUAGGCUGCCUUUUAUUCUGAUCUUAGUUAGAGGAGACACAAAUUGCACUUCGAAGCCAAAUUACAUGGACUCCUGACGCACUUCGUUCCUAAAGUCAAAACAUCAAUUAAGAUUGUUGCUCAGGUUUGCAGCCAGUUUAGAGCUGCAUGACAGCUUAAGAUUAAUUGGAAUUAUAGCCAGUUUAGAGCUGCAUGACAGCUUAAGAUUAAUUGGAAUUAUAACUUGAAAUUACCAUUUAGAGAUUCUAAUAACUUCUUUAUCAGAGAUUUUACCAGAGGGGCUCAAGCUAGACUGACAAUUUAGUUCCUGGCAGAAAGGAACUGGAUCAACCAAGGAAUGUCUUCUUCUUCUUUUUUUAAACUGAAUUCAAGCCACAUGGAGUCUUAACUCCUAUCAGUUUGCUCAACUAUACCACCGUUUAGACCAAAGAUGGAGUUUUCUGUUCAGCAACACAGGAUGUGGUUUUGCAUUUAUUAUAGUUUGUAAUUCAAUAGUUAGGGUAACCAAUUCACUGUCAUCAAACUUGAAUUUGAUUUUCAAUUUAAAACGGAAGUUUGUGAAAUACCAAAUUGUUCUGAUUGUAAUAUUUGUACUCUCUUUGGUACCCAUUUGGGCAAGUCUGUUUAUGCAGUAUGAUUCAUCUAUAGCUGACAAACUGCUCUUUUAUAUGUUCCUCACACUGUGGAUUACAAAGGUACAUUCUCUGUUAGAGCUACAAGCUGCCAUGAACCAUGUGUAUUUGUCUACUUGGUUGAUGGUAAUAUCUGCUUUUAAGCUUCCCAACUGAAUUCCAUCUUCUGAUUUGAUUCUGCAGGAACACAACCCAUUAGUUCAUCAUGUGGGUAUGAAAAAUCAUCUUCACUCUCAACAAAAGUAGCUUGGACUCCUCCUCCAUUGGGUUGGCUCAAACUCAAAUUUGAUGCAACCAUUUGUUGUGACCAUGGAUCUUACCUAACAGUUGUGGCCACUGACUGGCAAAGGACCGAUCAACAAGUGGCUCUCUUGGCAACCACUUGUGCCAAGAAUCUUGGAAUUAAUUUUGUAAAUCUGAGGGGGACUUUCAAUCUCUUUUGACAGUAAUUAAUGACUCCUCAGGAGAUUAGCUUCUGGGAAAUCCAUUCACUAGUCCUUGAUACGUCCAAAGCUAUUUGAACUCUUUUGUUUUAUGGACUUCUUAAUAUCCGAGUAUUUCCUUUUAUACAAAUAUCAUAGCUGAGCCCCAGGAGAUUAUAGUCCAGCAACUUUCACUGGCUGAAACAGACAAGGAUGGCAGCUUCCUAUCUACAAUAUACAACCUAUUGCUUUUCUCUUUUUCUGUCAUGAGUAAAUUUCAUCAAGCAUGAUGAAGCUUGCGACUGGCAUGCAUAUUGGUAAUGGUUACCAAAAUACUUUGUACAAAAUAAUUUCCUCUUUAUUAAUUGAGUUGUCUUUUCCCUAA